AUGGACUCGUCAGCACCAUAUCAGACCGCAGCACUCCACGACCCAUCACCGCUCCAGCACACCGCGCCCGCAUCGACCUCCUUCCAGCCCACGUACUCCCAGCAGCCCUCCCCGCGCUCCCUCCAGAUAGCCACCGGUGCGGCAGGCGCACACGCACCCGAGCCCGAGGAGCAGACCGCCCACCCCCUGCGCUCGCGCGGGCAGCACGAGCUGCUUGCAGACGCGGAGGGGGACCCCUCGCACAGCGACCAUGGCGCGGACGCGGCAGCUGCGCCCGACUCCAUCGCCCACGCAAUGACCCGCGGGCCCGGUCCGCACGGCGGACUCACUAGCCCACUCACGCACAAGGAGCGCGAGCUCCUCAACCACCUCGAUCGCCUCAAGUUCUUCCUCGCCACCGCGCCCUCGCGCUGGUCCGGCGACGACCCGUCGUCUGCCGCUGCCGCGGGCCUCCCCGUCGGCCACCCCAGUAGCGCGCACCCUGCGCUGAACCGCUUCCUGCUCCCGAACUCGGAGUAUGUGAGCUGCGUGCUUUGGGGCGGCCUGUACCACAUCACCGGCACGGACAUCGUGCGUGCGCUCGUCUUCCGCUUCGAGGCGUUCGGGCGGCCGGUGCGGAACAUGAAGAAGUUCGAAGAGGGGGUGUUCAGUGAUCUCCGGAACCUAAAGCCAGGUAUGGACGCGUGUCUUGAAGAGCCCAAGUCGCCCUUCCUCGACCUGCUGUUCAAGUAUCAAUGCAUCCGCACGCAAAAGAAGCAGAAGGUUUUCUACUGGUUCUCCGUCCCCCACGACCGUCUCUUCCUCGAUGCCCUCGAGCGGGAUCUCAAGCGUGAGAAGAUGGGCAUGGAGCCGACCACAGUCGUCGUAGGCGAGCCCGCGCGCUCGUUCACGUAUGACUCGAAGCGUUCGCUGUACGAGCAGUUCAGCAAAGCGCAGAGCGGCUCUGACAACGAAAGCGAGCUAGAGGGCCCUGCGCGCCCCAACGAGCAAACGGGCGAGUCCGACGGCGAGUCCGCGAGUGCGUCGGCGCAAUCUGACGUGGAAUCCGAGGCAGCUCAGGGAACGAAGACGACGAAGAAGUUCGGGCCGGCGUCGCCCUUCUUCUCGAUGUUCAGCUUGUUCGAGGGCUCGCCGACGUACAAGCAGCGACGGAAGAAGCUGCAUCGCACGCGGCGGACGCCGCCAGACGCAUACAGCAUGGACGGCUACAUGGGCCGGAUGCACGAGCCGCACGUCGACCGCUUCGGCCGGGACACAUCGCGGAUGAGCGCAAGCGAGCUCUUCAUGGCGCAGGCGCGGGGCGACUUCGACGGGCAGAGCAACCCGGACCUCAUCGCGUCGCAGAAGGAGCGGCAGCGGCGCGCGCUGGAGGCGCAGUUCGCGCUCGCGAACCGGAAUCGCUUCGUGGACCCCAACCGCGCGGGGAGCAUGCCACAGGCUGCGCUCGCGCACGACAUGCAGGCGUCCAUGAUGAUGGAGGGCGGCGGCCAGCCCGCGAUGAUGCCCGCGUACCCUGGCCACCUGCCCCAGCGCCCUGUACCGCACGCGCGGCACACCUUCCCAAACGCCGACUUCCCGCAUCACGCGCGCUCGCUAUCACAGCCGUUCCCCAGCUCGAGCGCCGUGCCGUUCGGCGACGUCGACGGGUGGCAGGGCGCGCCCGCGGCUCCCGACAUGCUAGCGGAGUCGAGCACGCGCGCGAAGGCGUUCGUCUGCCCGCUCUUCUCGUGCGGGCGCAUGUUCAAGCGGAUGGAGCACCUCAAGCGGCACCUGCGCACGCACACCCUCGAGCGGCCGUACCAGUGCGACCGCUGCCAGAAGCGCUUCUCGCGCUCGGACAACCUCGCGCAGCACACGCGGACGCACCUCCGUGCUGAUGAGGGCGGCGAGCUCGGCCCCGAGGCCGAGCAGGAGCCGGAGGAGAGCGACCAGGAUGUGAACGUGAACGACGUGCGGAUAUACGAGGUCGAGUUUCAGGGCCCGUUGCAUGAGGUCCAGGGCGACGAGGAGGGCCUCGUGAUGGCGGCGGGGCAACUUCAUGCAAACGGAGGGGUCCCCGGGCUCACAAUGGGCGACCGUCCGGCCACACUCGAGCAUGUCUUACACUGCCGGCCAUCCUAUGCGCAUGUCACCACCGAGUUCGGGAUCGCGAACGACUACGGGCUGUCCAUGUCGGCGCCGUCACACAAGGCAACGUUCGAACACGGGGCGCUCUACCCCUCGGAGCUCGAUGUGGGUGGCCCCGGGCCCAUCCGCCGCCAUCGCAGCGUCACUCCAGCGCGCUAUGGCGAGAACAUACGCCGCCCGUACAGCGUUGCGUCCGACCACGGCGUUCCUGCCGGGCGUCCCUACCACCCCUACGCCCACGCGUACUCCGCGGAGUCCAGUCCGAUGGCGUCUACCGUUUCUCUUGGCUACAGCGGUGCGGCGCCGAUGGCGAACCUCCACCGGGGGCACUCUCGCGCCGGGUCGGCCUCGAGUAACGAGCUGCAGGACCAGAUGCGCCAGAUGAUGACGCUGCAGCAGACGGAGAUGGACGUGGACCAUACGCAGACCGCGGCGUUCAUGCGCGACCCCUUGCUCACCUCGUACACAGCGCCGUUCCGCACGGACUCGCCCAUGCAGUACACGACGACGGCGAGCGCGGAGUACGAGCUCGUGAACAUGCUCCCCACCGCAGACGCGAGCCAGCAGGUGCCGAUGUACGGCCUCUACGGCCUCCCGGAGCAGCAAGGUGACCAAUUCUCCACCCAGGCCCCGGUCUCGGAUGCAUCCUAUUCAACAUUCGCGCACGGCGACCCUCAGCAGGUCCUCAUGUGAACCAACGGAAUCGGAUUUACAGCAACAAGCUUAAUUUAUUCUACUGAUCUAUCCACUAAUGCUCCCAUCUCUCGCAAGUCUCGACAUUCUGGACGCCAUCGGUUGUAUCUAUACAGUAAUCGCUGUCGUUAUUUCCUCUGCCCUGUCCUGCAAAACGGUUUCCGCGUGUACGGCGUCUCGACACGCAAUACCUACUUACUACUUCGCCUAAUUAUAC